AUGGCCGAUUGGCCACGGUCAGCCGAUCGACAAUGGGUAGAAGAGGUGAACAAAAGGAUAGAAGCACAGGUUUGUGUAUUACUUUUGAUUUUCACCGAAUCUACAGACGAAAAUGCAUUGCAUUCUCUUGACUCAACGCUUAAGAAGACGACGGCGUUUAUGAAAAAGCUGAGAUCACUAUCGGCAGCCAGUGUUCCUUCUUUAAUUGAGGAUCUAUCGCGGCUAAAUCUCUCGAAAUUCGUCGAGGAAAUGGCAACUGGUAUCGCCGAAACGAGACUUAAGCCAGCAGAUGUAGUUCCCAUUGUGGAUCUCUGUAUCGCAAUUUGUUCGCGCUAUCCAAGGUUUGCUGGGUUACUUCUCUCGGAGAUUAAGAAAGGAUUACCUCUUAAACGAUCCGAUAAAGUUGCUAAUCCAUCUAAGUUGCGAAUAGAUGUCAGAUUGCUGUGUGAGUUCAUUCUGUGUGGUGUGGUCGGCAGGGAAGGCCUUCAGACGCUAGGUGCUACUCUGUCCUAUAUUUGCGUUACAGAUAAAGAAGAGCAUUCAUAUGUUGGUCUUCUAUGUUCACUUUGCCGUAUUGUUGGUUGGCAAAUUGCCGGCAUUGUUCCAUCGCCUGAAGGAGGAGAGGGGAUUUCAAUAGGUCAAGGUGAGAGAUUAGUAAGAACAAUAAAUUCCGUUCAUCGAAAGGCCAUUUGUGAUUUGUUCAUGAAUUAUCAUGCCGGGAUUAUUCGACGUAUUGAGAAAGUUUGUGCUGAGAUGAACGCAGUGCAGAAGAAGGUGAAACGUCAUGAAAGAACCAGAGGUGAUGCAACCGCUGAAGAAAAAGCGGAACUUGAAACAGUACGAUCUGAAUACGAACGGCUGAAAAUUUUGGGAGCGGAAUUAAGUAACGCUCUCGGUGUGCCUAUGAUUGAAUUGAAAGAGGAACCAAGUGAUGACGAAGAAGACGAAGCAGCUGCGAUGGAGAUGGAUAAGGCUUUGGCUGAAGGACACGUAUCUUUGUGGCCGGACGAUGAAACUCGAUCGUUCUAUGAAAACCUUAUUGACAUCAGAAAUAUUGUGCCGAGAAACUUGUACAAGGAAUCAGAAGAGCGAACGAUUCAAGAAAACGAUUUAAAGACAUCCCUCCUUUUAGCUGUGAAACCAUGGAUAUUCUAUGACACAUUGUUCCAGAAAUUCUUUUUGAAUCUCGAUCAUCUUGUGAAUCGCGACACUACUGAUCAAUGCGCCCUAGACUUUGUUUCGAACCUUAAUACAAAGGGUUAUCGAAAAAAGCUCGUCAAAGUACUCUAUCGUGUGCCUUCAUCACGACUGGAUUUGUUACCGUUUUAUGCUCGUCUCGUUGCGUCGCUCUCACCCGUGAUGCCAGAUUUAACUACGGAAUUGUCAACAAUGCUUAUAAAGCAAUUUAGGUUAGGAGUUUUUAUAAAAAUAUUUGCAACUGGUCAGGAGCGAGUAGAAGAAAAGAUCAAAUGUGUAAUGUUCAUUGCUGAGUUGGUAAAAUUUGGCGUUAUUCCUCGCGCGGAGGCGCUAUCAUGCCUACGACAACUAGUGUAUGAUUUUCGGGGUCAUUCCAUAGAUAUGGUUAGCACGAUGAUCGAAACUGCUGGAUUCUAUCUUUACCGGUUCAAAUUAGCAAGGGGACUACGAAACUUCACUAUGCUUAUUGACAACGCUUUUUUCGCAUGCAUUCCACCUGCUGAUACGGCAUCGGCCAGACGAGCGCAGGCUGAACCACCGCUAAUGAUUUUCAUCCGACAUCUUAUCGUGGACAUCAACGAACGCAAUGUAAACACGAAUAUUAAAUGUAUCAGAAGAUUGGCAUGGAAUGACGAAAUGGUGUCAGGAUGGUGUCUCAAGUAUCUUACUUCACCGUGGUUACUACCGUACUCAAAUCUGCUUCAUUUGGCGAGUGCUGUUGCUGGUCUUCAAGGUCUUACCUAUUACGAUUGGAUUUCGACGUAUGUAAUCGAUGCAUUGGUUUUCGAUUUUACUAGUGAGAUAUCUCUGGAGGUUCCGCGUUUGUUUAAUCAAAAAGCCAUUGCCUCUGCCUGUUAUCUUGGAGAAUUGUACAAUUACAGUGUAUGCGAUACUCCGGUUAUUUACAAGGUAUUGUACCAGAUUAUUUCUUUCCCGGAGGUAGAACAGAUGGCAUGGCAAGAGUUCUACCGGGUGCGGAUGGUGUGUGAAUUGCUGAACACGGUUGCAGAUUUCUUCCAAACUGGGCGUGCUCGUAAAAAAAUGGACUAUUUUCUCACUUAUUUUCAUCGCUUUUACUGGAUGAAGCGCGAACAGUGGAAUGUGAACGUAGUCGUUGCCGAGCAGCUUGGAACCGAUGAAGUUGGAGUUAUGCAACCUUUUACAGUUUAUUUUAGGUUUCCUGCUGAUAUUGAAGCAGAAUAUCGAGAUUGUAUGAGACGUAUCCGUAAAACCGCCACUCUCCCGAAAAAUUUAGCCGAAGCGGAAAGCGCUGUCGGGUUGAUUGAGCAACAGUUGAAAGAGAAGGUGUGUCAUUGA